AAUGACUUUUAUGGCAAUGUAUUCAUAUUUAAGUAGACAGGUGUUUGACUACGAAUGACCUAAAAACUGAACGCUCCGGUAUAACAACAGUCUCCUUUAGCAAUGCGAAUUUCAUCUAACAGCCGCUCGUAUCGAUCGCAUGGAAGCACGCUGAUCCUACAUGCUUAUUGACCGCGUUUCGGUUGUGGCAAGAGCGGUCGGUCUGAGUGUCUAGAUCCGGCUUCUCGUCAUGCUUCAGCUGGGGGACGGACUCACUCUCUUCUCGGCCAUUUUUAUCGUGGUUCUCCUGGGGACCAGACGCGCGCUUUGGUCCACGGUGCUCACGGUCUCUGUCUACCUCUUUCUGGUGGUGUUCCGGUUUCCCCAGGUUCCGACCAGCCGUUCCAGACUAGUGCUGCGGCCCGGCUCUAGAGUCUCGGCGAGCGGCGUGUCAGCGGUGGCGCACCGCGGGGGUGGACAUGAUGCACCCGAGAACACCAUAGCAGCCAUACGGGCGGCCAGUGAGAAUGGAGCCACAGGUGUGGAACUGGACCUAGAGUUCACGGCUGAUGGGGUUCCCAUACUGAUGCACGAUGAGACUGUGGACCGAACCACAAAUGGAUCAGGUCCAGUCAGCAAGCUGCUCUUCUCUGAACUCCGUAAACUAGAUCCGGCAGCCAAACACAGACUCUGUGACCGUUUCCGGGGUGAGAAGGUUCCAACGCUGCAGGAGGCCGUUGAGGAAUGCAUCAAGCACCAGCUGAUCAUCUACUUUGAUGUCAAAGGUCAUCCAGAUGAGGCAGCUGCAGCACUAAAGGAGUUAUUUCGGAAGUAUCCAGUGCUCUACAACACAAGUAUCGUCUGCUCAUUUGAGCCCAAAGUCAUCUAUAGGAUGCGACAGGCCGAUCCUGACGUGGUGACAGCAUUAACCCAUCGGCCAUGGAGCUUGAGUCGUUUUGUCGACGGAAAGCCCAAGUUCUCAUCUGCAUGGAAACAUCACUGGAUGCAGGUGCUGGACGUGCUCCUCGACUGGGCCCAUCAUCACCUGCUAUGGAACCUGUGCGGAGUCUCUGCCUUCCUGGUUCAGAAAAACAUCAUCUCCCAGGACUAUGUGCAAUACUGGGCUGAUCGAGGUUUGGAGGUGGUGGCCUGGACAGUGAACACGGCUGUAGAGAAAGAGUACUACCAGCAGCUACUGAAGAUCAACUAUAUCACUGAUAGCCUCAUAGAAGACUGUGAACCUCACUACUGAAAGCCAAACACACAAAUCUAUGGGAGAAAGAUUAAAACUCAAUUGUCCGAGAUAUGAAAUGACAUACAUAUUUACCUACAUUUUAUAUACAUUGGUUUACAGAUAUGAUUGUCCAGUUUCAUGUCAAACGGUAGUCAAAAAAUUCGUUUCAUUAUAAGGAAUUAGUCAAUAAUUAUUAAAACCAGUAUGUUUGUACUAUUAAUUAGAAAUUGGUUCUAAUAAGAUACUGUUUUAAGAACUACAACCCCAAUUCCGAAAAAGUUGGGACAGUAUGACAAAUGCUAAUAAAAACAAAAAACAGUGAUUUGUAAAUUAUAUUCACCCUUUGCUAAAUUGAAAGCAUUACAACUACACAUUAUAUGAUGUUUUACCUUGUGAAUUUCAUUGUUUUUUUGAAAAUGUACAGUAAUUUCAAAUCAGAUGAUUGCAACAAAAAGUUGAGACAAGUCGAGUGUUUACCACUGUGAAACAUCACCAUUACUUCAAAUAACACUUAUUAAGCAUUUAGGCAUUGAAGACACAAGUUAGUUAAGUUUAAAAAGUGGAAUUUUACCCCAUUCAUCUAUUAUGCAGGUCUUCAGCUGCACAAUUGUACGGGGUCUUCGUUGCCGGAUGGUGUGCUUCAUAAUGUGCCACACAUUCUCAACUGGAGAUGGUCAGGAUUGCAGGCAGGCCAAUCUAACACCCACACUCUCUGCUCACACAGCCAUGCACUUGUAACCACAUGCCGUCAGUAUGUGGUUUGAAGUUGUCCUGUUGAAAAUUCAGGGACGUCCCUGGAAAAGACGGUGCUGGAUCGCAGUAUAUGCUGCUCCAAAAUGUGUGCAUACCUGUCUGCAUUCAUGUUGUUCUCACAGAUGUGUGAGUUACCCAUGCCAUGGGCACUGACACACCCCUGGCCCAUAUAGACACUGGCUUUUUGACCUGAUGCUGAUAACAGCUUGGAUGGCCCUUUUCCUCUUUGGCCCGGAGAACAUGACAGCUGUGUUUUUCAAAAACUAUUUGAAAUGUGGACUCAUCGGACCAAAAAACCCGGUUCCACUGUUCUACUUUCCAUCUAAGAUGAGACCGAGCCCAGAGAAGUCGGCAGCACUUCUGGACAGUGUUGAUAUAGGGCUUCUCCUUUACAUAGUAAAGUCUUAACUUGCAUCUGUGGAUGCAGCGGCGAAUGGUGUUGACAAACAAAGGUUUACUAAAGUUAUCCCAAGCCCAUGUUCAUGAUAUCCAUUACAGAUGAAUGAUGUUUUUUAAGACAGUAAUGUCUGAGGGAUCAGAGAUCACACGCAUUCAGAAGUGGUUUUCGUCUCGCCCUUUACGCACCGAGAUUUGACCAGAUUCCUUCAAUCUUUUAACUAUAUUGUGCACUGUAGAGGGUGAAAUGCCCAAAAUCCUUCCAAUUUGUCUUUGGGGAACAUUGUUCUCAAAGUGCUAGAUUAUUUGCUGAAGCAUCUGUUGGCAAAUUGACAAGUCUCAAACGAUCCUUGCUCUUGAAGGACUAUGCUGUUUUUGGAGGCUCCUUAUAUACUAUGACACAAUUGCAUAACCUGUUUAACAUCUCCUGUUUCACAUCGCCUUGUUAUUUCAACUCGUCAAAUUGUUAUUAGUCUUAAAUUGCCCGUCUCAACACGUUUUUUUGGAGCGUGUUGCAAUCAUUUGAUUUUAAAUUAUCGUACAUUUUCAAAAA